AGCUACACGUUGCUAACAGACGUUGAUGCAGAUUUUAUAACGAAUGUAAUGUGUUCAAGAGACUUUAAAAACACAUACAAAGAGUUAGUUUAUCCUUGGAGGGUGAUUUAUCCGUGCUUUUAUCCGUUACACCGUGUUUUUGUUCCCGUUCUUUGUUCGUAGCUUUUUAUACCACGUGGCUGAUCGGUACACAUAAGUAAAGGCAUUAAAGGGAGAUUAGUGUGUUUAACGGCAGUGUUUUAUCAAGGAGAAGAAAGACUGAAGAACCAGGACGAGGAGGAGAGAGAGAGAGACACAGAAGGAGCACUGAGAGCAGCAUGGAGGAGAACAAAGAGACCCCUGGAGCUCAGAAACCCAAAGGAAGAGAGAGACGUCACAGCUGUCAGCAAUGUGACAAAUCCUUUACAACAUCUGGAGAUUUAAAGAGCCACCUGCGUAUUCAUACUGGAGAGAAACCAUACAGCUGUGAAUUGUGUGGGAAAACAUUCACUACAUCAAGUAAUCUCAAAUUACAUCAUCGUAUUCACACUGGAGAAAAACCAUACAGCUGUGAAUUGUGUGGGAAAACAUUCACUACAUCAAGUAAUCUCAAAUUACAUCAUCGUAUUCACACUGGAGAAAAACCAUACAGCUGUGAAUUGUGUGGGAAAACAUUCACUACAUCAAGUAAUCUCAAAUUACAUCAUCGUAUUCACACUGGAGAAAAACCGUACAGCUGUGAAGACUGUGGGAAAACGUUCACUUCAUCAAGUAAUCUCAAAAAACAUCAUCGUAUUCACACUGGAGAAAAACCGUACAGCUGUGAAGAGUGUGGGAAAACAUUCACUCAAUCAGGUGCUCUCAAAUCACAUCAACGUAUUCACACUGGAGAAAAACUGUACUGGUGUGAAGAGUGUGGGACAACAUUCACUCUAUCUGGUACUCUCAAAUCACAUCGACGUAUUCACACUGGAGAAAAACCGUACAGCUGUGAAUUGUGUGGGAAAACAUUCACUACAUCAGGUGCUCUCAAAUCACAUCGACGUAUUCACACUGGAGAAAAACCGUACUGGUGUAAAGAGUGUGGGAAAACAUUCACUACAUCAAGUAAUCUCAAAUUACAUCAACGUAUUCACACUGGAGAAAAACCGUACUGCUGUGAAGAGUGUGGGAAAACAUUCACUCAAUCAGGUGCUCUCAAAUCACAUCACCGUAUUCACACUGGAGAAAAACCGUACUGGUGUGAAGAGUGUGGGAAAACAUUCACUACAUCAGAUACUUUCAAAUCACAUCAACGUAUUCACACUGGAGAAAAACCGUACUGCUGUGAAGAGUGUGGGAAAACUUUCACUCAAUCAGGUGAUCUCAAAUCACAUCAACGUAUUCACACUGGAGAAAAACCGUACUGCUGUGAAGAGUGUGGGAAAACUUUCACUCAAUCAGGUGCUCUCAAAAAACAUCAACGUAUUCACACUGGAGAAAAACCAUAGUGGUCUUAAGAGUGUGGCAACAGGUUUUCUCAAAGUAUUCACCUUAAAGUCCACGAGCGAAUCCAUU